AUGCAUUGUAAUUACAAGAAAAUGGUUAAAGAAUAGUAUUUGGAGGAAGGAAAGAAAAUAUGCCUAUUCUGGGGCUAUACAUAAGAUGAUAUAGAUUUGAUUGCAAUAUAGAUAGCUCCAAAUUAAAUUAGCAAAUCAUAUGAUAAAGAUUUCUAUAUCUAUGGUUUGGUGAAUUAUUAAGAUGGCUAUGUGAAUGGUAUCGUCAAAGUUAAUACACUUAGAAUUUUUGAGUAGAAGCAGAGCAUUUUAGUGAAUAAAAAGGGAGAGCUUAUAAUUUUUACCUAAGAUUAAGGUGGAAAUUCAUACAUUCUAAUAUUUGAUGCUAAGUUGAAGAAUGUCAUAUUGUACAUAAUUGGAUGCACAGAACAAGACUAAACUUAUGUUGGUGAAGAAAUUUCAUUAGGACUAAUCAUUCUGAAAUUUUAAUCAGAAGUGGAGAUUAAAACAUACUAUAAAUAUGGAGCUUACAAUUAAACAAAAUUUGCCAAAUGUGUAUCAUUAGAUAAUGACAAUACUAACUUAUUUAUAAACUACAAGAUUUAGCAAGCACAAGAUCUUCUUGGAAAAUAAUUAAUUGUAGUGGUACCUCUUGAAACUUUUUACAAUGAUUAGGUUGAUUAAACUUCAUUCACGAUCAUUUUAAUUAGAUCUAGCAUAGGUAUUUAGACUAUUAAUGAUUGGACUUUUUCAAAAAGAGCUAAUAUUAUAUGA